AUGUCUUUAAAGUUAUCUUACAAUUGUCAUCGAUUUCUUACACAACCCUCCAGUGCAAAUGUAUCGACGCGCGCAUUAAACCAAUCUUUACAGCCAUUACAUACCCUUAACCUUGCCCAUCGUUUUGAGAGCUCCAGUUGGACCAUCGAAAGAAAGGAUGCCCAGGGACAUCGACUGAAACCUUUGCCAUUUAUUGGCAAAAAUGGGCUCUCCUUCAUCAACGGCUAUCGCCAAUCUCUAUUUGCUAAACUUUCUUCGCUCGGAAUCGAUGAAAACAUAGCGCCAUCUUUCGUUUCAAAGUCUCUAAUGUCCCCUGUUGAACAAACUAAUAUAACUUUGGGAUGUUGGUUUUCACUUCUGGCGGCCAAAAAUAAUAUCCUAUCUGAGUGUCAUAAAUUCCAAUACAUUUCCCAGGCUUUAAAUAUAGAAUUGUUUCUAUCCUCUUUAAUGCAGUCAAGAUGUUCUAAUCUUGAACCUAUGGGUAUGCCUUCUGCUGCAGAUCUACAUGAAUCUCCAAAUACGAUCCAAGAAAAGAUAACGACAUCUAUUGGGCGGUCUUUUGGUAGCAUGGAGGAGUUUAAAAAAAUGGUAGCUCAUUUAUCAUAA